UCACUCAUCCACACCUCCAAACAAAAUCGAUACUGCAAUUCCUUUAUUCCCCUCAGAUCGAAUCGAAUUUCUGUGAUUUCAUGCAAUUUAUCUGCUCUAAUCCACACUGAAUUAACAGUUGCUAAUCAUCGUUCCCGAUCGUUGCUCAGAAAAAAAACGAGCAAUUGCAAUUGAUCGACGCUGCUGGCGCACCUCUCUGCCCUAUUGCUCCAAAUCUCGCUAUUUUGCGCCCUCGUCGCGCAGCUCCACAAUCAACCGUCCGCUUCGGCCUUUUCCUUUGCUGCUGUAAGUAAGGCCAACGACGCCUUCUCGUCGGAGAUCUGCGCCACUGUGAUGUCGAAAGCGCGGGUAUACGCGGACAUUAACGUGCUGCGUCCCAGAGAAUACUGGGAUUACGAGAAUCUCACUGUUCAGUGGGGAGACCAGGAUGAUUACGAGGUUGUUCGUAAAGUCGGUAGGGGAAAAUACAGUGAAGUUUUUGAAGGCAUAAAUGUAAAUAGCAAUGAAAGGUGCAUAAUCAAGAUUCUGAAGCCUGUUAAGAAGAAAAAGAUAAAAAGAGAGAUCAAAAUUCUGCAGAACCUAUGUGGGGGACCCAAUGUUGUCAAACUCCUUGACAUUGUUAGAGAUCAGCACUCUAAAACUCCUAGCUUGAUAUUUGAAUUUGUUAAUAGUACAGAUUUCAAAGUUCUGUACCCCACAUUAACCGAUUAUGACAUACGCUACUACAUAUAUGAGCUUCUCAAGGCACUGGAUUACUCUCACUCUCAGGGAAUAAUGCACAGAGAUGUUAAGCCUCAUAAUGUGAUGAUAGACCAUGAAUUGCGAAAGCUUCGCUUGAUUGACUGGGGUCUUGCAGAAUUUUACCAUCCUGGCAAGGAGUAUAAUGUCCGUGUUGCUUCAAGAUACUUCAAGGGUCCAGAACUUCUCGUUGACUUGCAAGACUAUGACUAUUCCUUGGAUAUGUGGAGCCUGGGUUGCAUGUUUGCCGGGAUGAUUUUUCGGAAAGAACCUUUUUUCUAUGGACAUGAUAACCAGGAUCAACUUGUAAAAAUCGCUAAGGUCCUUGGGACUGAUGAGUUAAAUGCGUAUCUACACAAAUACCGGUUGGAGCUUGAUCCUCAACUAGAAGCUCUUGUUGGAAGGCAUAGCAGGAAACCAUGGUCGAAGUUUGUUAAUUCAGAUAAUCAGCAUCUUGUGUCACCAGAGGCCAUCGAUUUCCUCGAUAAACUCCUGCGAUAUGAUCAUCAAGAUAGGCUCACAGCAAGAGAAGCUAUGGCUCAUCCGUAUUUCUCGCAAGUAAGGGCUGCAGAGAAUAGCAGGAGCCGAACUCAAUAGCUCAACCUCCUUGCUCGCAAAACACAGCAUAGCUUUGUGGUAAUGUAACAAAUGCAGCCGUUGAUACCCUUGUGAUCUUAUAUUUUGAUCAUUUGUCAGUUACAAGAAUUGUUUUAUAACUAGCUAUCAUAACAUAACCCUCGUAUAUGUUGGAGUUUUCCAGUUUCUGUGUAUUAAGAGUAUAUUUUUGCAAUAUUACUUUAUGUAUCCAUUAAUUAUGAGUGGAUGAUUCCCUUUGAUUGUUUUGCUUUA